AUGCUUCAUUUUGUUGACAACCAGAAUUUACAGGACACAACAAAAAUCUGUAAAGUACGGCCUGUUGUAGACUACUUUAACAAAAAGUUUUCCUGCUUGUACAUGCCUUCACAAGAGAUAGCCAUUGACGAAUCACUUCUCAAAUGGCACGGCCGACUGAGCUUUGCCCAAAAAAUUUCAUCAAAGUCUGCGAAAGUUGGGGUUAAAACCUGUGAGUUGUGUGAAUCUUCCAGUGGCUAUUUCUGGAAGAUCUUUAUAUAUACCGGAAAAGACACAUCUACAAGUACUGCUGACAACCACAUACAAAUUAACAAUGAGGAACUGAUAAUUGACAGAGCUGGUGAUGACGAGACUAAUGAGAGUCCUCUGAUCGAGCCACUGCUUAACCGCGGACAUACAUUAGUGAUGGAUAAUUUUUAUAAUAGCCCAUUACUGUUGCGAUGUCUGAAGAAACCAAAGACUGACUCUUAA